CCUCCUGUCUAUCUCUUGAUCGUUAAAAGCAGCCAAUCAGAACCAGUGAAGAUGACGACCUGUGGCCCCGUGACGAAGAGCCUGCUGCUGCUGGCUGUGGUGGUCGCUCUGACCGGACAAGGAUCUGCAGUACCUCAUAAGCCCUUUGAAUGCUGCGAAAGGGUGAGCAUAAAGCAGAUCACUGAAACCAUCGUGGACUACAUGGUGCAAAAGAAAAACAAACCCUGUGUCAAUGCCGUCAUAUUCCAAACGGAGAGUGGUCGUUUGUACUGCUGCAAACGUGAUGAGCCCUGGGUGAUGAGGAAGGUUAGGGAGCUUGAGGGGACAAAAAGAGCAGCAUUGGCCUCCACCCCCUCCCUCCUGUAGCUCAUCACCUCCAGCUCCUCUCCUCCACCAUUGGAGGGAACCAACGCCACGCCCUCAACGCAUUAUACCGUCCAAUGGAAAUGCAUCUUAUUCAGCGCAGGCCAAUGAGCACCAAGAUGGCUGACCAGAUACUUUUGAGGAGGAAAACCAAUGACCUGCUAGCACUUUUUUUUUUUUUUUUAUUAAUUUAGAGAACUCCAAGCAUUUUUGCGGAAGUGGUUUAGGGGCACAUUUUUUUGAAUGAGUUCCGAGUCUGAAGCCAGCACUCAAAAAAAGGAAUCACAUGUGGCCCUAAUCCUAUUCUCUACAUUGUCGAUCCCUUAUAGGUUAUUUAUUAAAUUAUAAUAAUAUAGCACGACAUUUAAAUGUAUUUUCAAAAUAGAGUCCUAUUUAUUGAUUGUAUUUAUCAAUGUCGGUGCAUUAUGUUACAAUGUUCUGUCAUUGUUAUUCUAUAAAUUCAC